AAUUGAAACAGUCGGUCAGCAGAUGGAGUAAGAAUGCCAAAACCUAAUCCAGACUCCUGUCCUGUUUGACAAACGUUGUGCAAAUAUUUGACACCGACUGCACUCGUUUGGGAGCCUGAUUAUAAUUACGAAAUUUGUCCCCUGCGUUGCUUAACAGUUCGAUUUUCAAUCCGGCGUAUCGGACAUCGCCUGUCUCCCCAGGUGUCUGCAGUCAGAAAGGGUAGAAAGGAAAUGAUGUGGUAAUGGUCUUCUAAUUACACUCAGUAGACAGAGUUUCAGGGCGACUUCCUCCUCCGGGAAGAUCCUUGCUCGCCCAGUUCGGGGGGAAAGUUUUUCGGUUACUCUUUUAACAUCGAUGAAGUUGACGGGGCAGAGGGACGGCGGCAGUUGCUCGGGUGAUGAAGUCGUGUGGCCUGAAGUUGUAGAAGUCCGUGGGUGAACUAGCAGCACAACGGCGAUGUUGAUACUAGAGCUGGGUAGCUCGCUUUUCGGAAAGACAACGGAAAAAAGCUGCAGCAGCACCCCUGAUUCCAGACCAAUGGCUAAAUAGCUCCACGGUGCUCCGAAAGAACUAAUUUUGACCUCCUGUCUUGAAAGCACGUCUUUUUUUUCGGGAUAAAGUUCUCCAGUGUUAGAUGGUGUGAUGAUUCUUCUGGUCCUACUGAUGCUGGUCUUGCCCUCUUCCAGCAUGGAAGAUGAAGAAGGGAAGCAGAGCACCAAGCUCUACGAGUGCGUCUGUGAGGGCAUGUCCUGUGGGAACGGAGAGCGCUGUCGCGGGCAGCAGUGUUUCUCUUCCCUCACUAUAAACGAUGGGACUUCGGUUUAUCAGAAGGGCUGCUUCCAAGUGUACGAGCAAGGGAAGAUGACCUGCAAAACCCCUCCAUCUCCAGAUCAAGCUGUGGAUUGCUGCCAGGGGGAUCUGUGUAACUUGAACAUCACUGUGGAGUUGCCAGUGAAAGGAAAGUCUCGAUAUGGGAAAGGUCUGAGUUACAGCGUGCCAACUCUCGCUAUUGUGAUCGUGGCUCCGAUCAUCGUUCUCAUCAUCCUGUCUGCCAUGGCGGUCUUGGUCUUCAAGAAGAUUCACCAGAACCAGGUGGACAGGCUAAACGCUCGAGAUGCGGAAUAUGGUACAAUAGAUGGGUUGAUAGCCUCAAAUGUUGGGGAAAGCACUCUGGCGGAUUUGUUGGAUCAUUCCUGCACAUCCGGAAGUGGGUCUGGCCUGCCCUUUCUCGUACAAAGGACAGUCGCUCGGCAGAUUACUCUUAACGAGUGUGUAGGUAAAGGGCGUUAUGGAGAGGUUUGGAGGGGCCAGUGGCAAGGGGAGAGUGUUGCAGUUAAGAUUUUCUCCUCCAGAGAUGAGAAAUCCUGGUUUCGGGAAACUGAGAUCUACAACACAGUGCUGCUGAGGCAUGAAAACAUAUUGGGCUUUAUUGCUUCAGACAUGACCUCCAGAAACUCCAGCACUCAGCUUUGGUUGAUCACUCACUUCCAUGAAAUGGGCUCCCUGUAUGAUUAUCUCCAGCUGACCACCCUUGACACGGUGGGCUGUCUGCGUAUGGCUCUGUCCAUUGCCAGUGGCUUGUCGCACUUGCAUGUAGAGAUCUUUGGAACGCAAGGGAAGCCUGCAAUCGCACACCGGGACUUGAAGAGCAAAAACAUCCUGGUUAACAAGAAUGGGCAGUGCUGCAUAGCUGACUUAGGCCUCGCCGUGAUGCAUUUUCAAGACACUAAUGAGUUAGAUGUGGGAAACAACCCAAAAGUGGGGACCAAAAGAUACAUGGCACCAGAAGUCUUAGACGAUACCAUCCAGGUGGACUGCUUUGAGUCCUACAAGAGAGUGGACAUUUAUGCCUUUGGACUUGUUCUAUGGGAGGUUGCCAGGAGGACUGUUAGCAAUGGAAUUGUAGAGGACUACAAACCUCCUUUUCAUGAUGUUGUUCCUAAUGAUCCUAGCUUUGAAGAUAUGAAAAAGGUUGUUUGUAUAGACCAGCAAAGGCCCAACAUUCCUAAUAGAUGGUUUUCAGAUCUGACACUAACAGCUAUUGCCAAGCUGAUGAAGGAGUGUUGGUAUCAGAAUCCAUCCGCAAGGUUAACCGCACUGCGAGUUAAGAAAACGCUAACAAAGAUUGACAACUGCCUGGACAAAAUUAAGGCUGACUGCUGAACUUAUCACCCCCCAGUGGGACUUUAAGGACUUUAAGAAAUAGAGGAGUUUCGCUUGGGAAGGAGAAAUGGGACCUAUCCUGGCACCGUGCUCUUAUAGAGGCACAUAUUUAUUUUCAACAUGCAGUGGGGGAAAUUUUGGCAUCCAAAGAUGGCUUAGCGGGCAUUUAAAUGACUGUCAGUAUAUUGGGGGAUCUUUUAUGGUUAUCCUUUUUUAUUAAUAAUUUAAUAGUCAUGUUCUUUGAAGAAGAAACUGUUACCUGGGCAUUGAAUGGUUGCUGUAGCGCUACAGUUCUUUGGUUUAACACAUUUCUGCAAAUCUGCUUUAUUUAGCAAUAUGGUCUAUGCUUUUCUUGUUAAUUGCACUGUCUUUGCAUUCCUUGCACUGUUACUAGUGCAUUUUAAAAACAACUUGCCAAAAAAUUGUAUAUCUUACUAACACGAUCAAGAAAGGACAAAUGGUAAUUGUUUUUACAGCAUUUCACUAGUGUUUACAUUGUUAGAUGGCAGGUUUUCUUGGUAUUCUUCAUUAAAUCUGUAAUUUAUUUAUUGCUAACAUUGAUUAGUUGUAAAAUCAUUCUGCUUUUUGACAUUCUAUUAAGAUGCCUUUUCUUCCUUCAUAAAAACACUACUUCCACUGCCUUUAAUGUUAUCUGUUACAGAUGUUUUUAUAUCUCAUUGCAAACAUUUCAUUAUGUAUCUAAUUUUAUAUUUUUUUAUUUGUUUUAUAAGCUUUACCAAGUACAAAUGCUAGAAAAAGCAAGUCAUAAUUUAUACAGGAAUGUGAAAACAUAUCAAAAAGUUUGUGUAAAGGUACAUGGUUAUUUUUAAAAUUAUAUAUUGUAAAGUCAACAAGAAACUGAACUAUUUUGGUUUAAUCAUUUUAUAUUCAGUAGUAAUUUCUACAAAUUAAAUAGAAUGUUUGCAACAAAGUAUACCAUUUGGCUACCUGUUUUCUCAUUUCUCAUCUAGUACUUUUGUAUGAUAAAAAUUGAUACUGUAGUUCUGUGUAUUAUCAGGCAUUGUUCCUUAAAUGUAUUUCAGGUUAUUAAAAAAAAAGUGACUUCGUAACUUAUAAAUGCUUAUAAGUUAUUACGAAACCGGAUUGUAAUUAAUUUGCCGGAUUUGUAAUAAAUAAAAUAGCUAAAAUCCA